GGCCACUGCGGCCCCUCGCCCGUGGCCGGCCCACCUUCAGCAGAGUUGGUCUUCGGGUGGGGAUGGGGCAACUGAGCCAUGUGCACCACUCUCUUCCUGCUCAGCUUGGCCAUGCUGUGGCGCCGCAGAUUCACCAACCGGGUGGAACCAGAGCCCAGGGGAGUGGAUGGAGCAGUUGUGGGGAGCACCUCAGACACAGACCCUCAAUCUUCCGGCAAGGAGAAAGGACCUGUGAAAUAGACCCUCAUUUCUUCAGGCAGCUCAGCUCUGGGGACUGUGACCCAUUGGCCCAGACAGCUGGAGUCUUGAUUCACCCCUUAUCCCAGGAGGAUGCUGUGGGGCUAGAAGCAACAGCAGGAGGAAGAAUGGGAGAAGCAGUCACGGAGCAGGUAGGAUCUUCCCCGGCAGUCCCAGGCCUGCUCCUAGACAGGUCAAGACUCUGGCGCUGGCAAGAAGGACACAAAUGCUUGUUUUUUAGGCUCCCAUUACCAUAUUCCUGCUCUGAGGGACUGCCAAGAUGGAGAAGGCACAGAGAGUGGGACUUUCCAGGGUCCCCCAGGUUAACUGUAGGGAACCCCA